CCAAUUUCCGAAUCCCGAGUUUUUGAAAAAUAAGAUUUUUCCUUAUAAUUACUGCUGUGCGCUGUGGUAAAAGGUUCCUGUAGUACACAAAAAUAUAUAUUUGUAUAAAUGUUCUCUUUUUCAAUGCUGCUUUUGUGAUACGAUACCAGAUGUUUGGUUUAUGCAAACUAAUUCUAGACGAAAGUUAUGAUUUUAUUGGUUAUUUGCAAGUUAUAAGGUUGUGAUGUACAUGUUACCUCGAUAUGGGAAAAUUCGCAACGUACAGAUACUUAGAGUUAAAAGAUGAUAUAGCACCCACAUCUUCCAAUGUAAGAACAAGACCCCUUAAGCAGCCUAGAAGAUUACGAAGAGUAUUCAUUUUUCUUAUUGUUUUAGCACUAUGUGGAACAUACUUUUUAGGUAUAUUUGCGGGGCAGACACCGUGGUUCGAUGGUCUGGCCAAGAGCCUGGGCUAUGAGAGCGUGUAUCACUACGCCGUCAUCAUCGACGCCGGCUCCUCGGGAUCCAGGGUGCUCGCUUACAAGUUCAGGGUUCCUUUCACUGUAUUCGGCCAAGCCAACUUAGACUUGGAAGAGGAAUACUUUGAGGAGUCUAAACCGGGCCUGUCUUCGUAUGUGGACGACCCAGAAAAGGGUGCGGACACAAUAGUGCAGCUAAUAAAGAAGGCGGAGUUCCUCAUACCGCGCGAGAAACGUCGCGCGACGCCGCUAGUCGUGCGCGCGACCGCCGGGCUGCGACUGCUGCCGCCGGCGAAGGCUCAGGAGCUUAUUGAUCAAGUUUCGCUAGCUAUUUCUAAGUUGGGCUACGAUGUCGGCACAAACGGCGUGGAGAUCAUGGAGGGGUCGGAUGAGGGUAUCUUCAUCUGGUACACAGUCAACUUGUUGCACAACUUGUUGGCGGGCGAGACGAUGGCGGCGCUGGACCUCGGCGGCGGGUCGACGCAGAUCACGUACCGCGUGCCCGACGACGACGACUCCUACCCCCCCGCCGACCGCUUCGUCGUACCCGCUGGGAACAACAUCACGCUCUACACGCACAGUUACCUCCGUCUCGGUUUGUUAGCGGCGCGUCACGGUGUAUUGAAGCUGGAGGCGGGCGGCGGCGACGGCACGACGCUGCGCUCGGUCUGCGUCGAUCCCAUCGUGAAGGAUGAGAAGUGGACUUAUGCUAAUACUGUCUACUCUAUUAGUGGUGCGGAGCGCGCGGCGGGCGCUAAGCGCGAGGCUGUGUACUCGCGGUGCGCGGCGCUGGUGAAGCGCUACGUGCUGGCGACGCUGGACUGGGAGCCGCAGCAGCCGCCGCGCGGUGCCGUCGCCGCCAUGAGCUACUUCUACGACGUCGCCGCCGACGCUGGCAUCAUCGAUGUGAUGCGCGGCGGUUCGGCGACGCCGGGCCAGUUCCGCGCGGCGGCGCUGCGCGCGUGUUCGGCCGCCAACGUCGAGCAGCCGUGGGCGUGUCUCGACCUUACGUACAUCACCGCGCUACUAGUCGACGCGUAUAAACUGCGGGAGCGUGAUAAUAUCUCCCUUUUCAAGAAAGUGAACGGCCAUGAGGUGUCGUGGGCGCUGGGUCUGGCGUACACCACAAUCAUGAAUAAGGUCGCCGCAGCCGCCGCCGCGGCAUAAAGGUUGGUGUGAAUAUGAAGAUAGCAAAGUUUUUGUGUGCGAGUGAAUUAGACAGGUAACAUUAGCUCUCUCUUUAUCCGGCGAACGGACCUUAGGUAUAGGACUCAAUAAAAGUAUCGCCAUAA